AUGAGUAAAGGUUUUUUAGAAGGGUGCAGGCCAUUCAUUGGAGUGGAUGGAUGUUUUUUGAAGGGUCCUUACAAAGGCCAACUUUUAAGUGCGCUUGGGAGGGAUGGAGACAGUGGGAUUUUUCCUAUUGCUUUUGCUGUGGUAAGAUCUAAAACAAAGCAGUCAUGGAAGUGGUUUAUGGAACAACUAGAGAAGGCUUUGGGUUCAUUACAUUGGUUUACAUUUAUGUCUGACAUACAGAAGGGAUUAGUUGACACUUUUGAAGACAUGUUGCAUGGUUGUCAUCAUAGAUAUUAUAUUAUAAAGGACACUGAUAAGGGAGCCUAUGAGUGGCUUGCAAAUGUGCCUCCUAGGUUAUGGUUAAGGCAUAAAUUUGAGGAUAAUUCAAAGUGUGAUUUAGUUGUCAACAAUCUCGCUGAGACAUGGAAUGACAACAUUGGUGAUGUUAGGGAUAAACCACUCAUUACUAUGUUGGAGUGGAUUCGUAGUUAUUUGAUGCAUCGCAAUCAGUCCAGAAGGCAGUGGAUUCAGAAUCAGACUGGGUUGUUGUGCCCUACCAUAGCAACUGACUUGAAGAACCUAAUGGAUGACUGCAGACAUUGUACUACCAGAAAGACAGGUGAUGAUAUUUUUGAGGUUUACUAUAAAGGUGCUAAUAAGGGUGUUAACUUAGCAAAUAGAACAUGUAACUGUCGAGAAUGGGAUGUGAAAGGAUCAAUACCACGCAUUCAUGCCAUUGCAUGUAUAAUAUCUGAAAGGGGGCUGCCUGAGAAUUAUGUGGAUAGUUGUUAUCAUAUGGAGAGUUAUUUCAGGACAUAUAACCAUAUUAUAUACCCUAUGCCCCUUAGGAACUUGCAACGAGAAGUUGGCACUGAUCCUAUACACCCACCUAUUGUUAAGCCUGUAACUGGUAGGCCUAAAAAGAUAUACAAAAUGAAGCUGAUGCAAGAGGAAGAAGAGCUGGAGGUAAUGAAGCUGAUGCAAGAGGAAAAGGAGUUGGAGGUAAUGAAGCUGAUACAAGAGGAAGAUGAGCUGGAGGUGGUGCAAAAGGAAGUAAAGCUGGAGGUGGUACAAGAGGAAGAGGGGCUGGAAGGGUUAUAA